UCUGCUGUCUGUGCACUAAAACUUCUCGAUCAACUUUUCUGUACGCCGACCGCUUGGAUAUACCUCUCGAGACAGCCCAAACCGCUUACCACCUCACCUCCUCCGCAGCCCCAAGAAUUCCUCCAUAUGGCUUCUGUAUACAAGUCGCUGUCGGCGACCAACGGCCAUGACGAAAAGGAGCGUGCCGAGCGCAAAAACAAGCAGCGCGUGCUCAUUCUGAGCUCGCGCGGCGUGACAAUGAGGCAUAGGCAUCUUUUGCAGGACCUGUACUCCAUGAUGCCCCACAGCAGAAAGGAAGCCAAGCUGGACACCAAGACCAAACUCUACCAACUCAACGAGCUUGCCGAGCUCUACAACUGCAAUAAUGUUCUCUUCUUCGAGGCCAGGAAAGGCAAGGAUUUGUACGCAUGGAUGAGCAAAGCACCCAACGGCCCUACUGUCAAGAUGCAUCUUCAGAACUUGCACACAAUGGAGGAGCUCAACUUCAUCGGAAAUUGCUUGAAGGGCUCCCGACCCGUCCUUUCGUUCGAUGCCGCAUUCGAGAAAGAAGCACACCUUCGAGUUAUCAAAGAAUUGCUGACUCACAUUUUUGGGGUUCCCAAGACAUCGCGCAGGGUUAAGCCGUUUGUUGAUCAUGUCAUGGCCUUCACCAUCGCCGACGGCAAGAUUUGGACUCGUGUCUACCAAAUCAACGAGUCGGAGCCUGGGAAGAAGAAGCCCACAGCAGAUGGAGAGGAAAUGGAUGUGGAUCCUGCGCCAAAGAAAAAGGGUGGAAAACCUGAUCUAGAUGUCAAUCUCGUGGAGAUUGGGCCACGUUUCGUUCUCACCCCCAUCGUCAUCCAAGAAUCGAGUUUCGGCGGACCUAUCAUCUACGAGAACAAGGAGUUCGUUUCGCCGAACCAAAUAAGAUCGGAUCUGAGGAGAGCCAAGGGCAGCAAAUACAACAGGCGUACCGAAGCGAUCAGGGAGAACAAGAUCAAGCGCGGGGAUCUAGGCCUCACAACACAUGGCGGUCGGACGAAGGAAAAGGAUCCGUUGAGCGACUCGGUGUUGUUUGCUUAG